UAUCCUGCACCGACGUCGCUCGUUCCGUCCGAUCCGAUGCUGCAGCGGUGCUCUACUAGCUAGAUGUAGUAACCACAUAGGAAUCGAAUCUCCUUCAGCUACUUCAGGUGAGCUACAUUUCACUCGAACUGGCCCGUCCUCUCCGUUUGUGGACAACGAACUGUGCCAUUGGUCUGGAAAAGUAGGUUGGUGCAUUUUUUGAAAGGACGGUGAGGUCAGGUUGACUGAAGAUGAACCAAAGUCAACUUUGAUCUUCUUGUAGCCUUGCCGACUGAAAUAGUCGGAAUGCCAACCCGCCUUUCUAACGUUUACUAGACCAACCGUUGCCAGAUUGCUAGAUAGUGAUCGGAUAAAGUGAGAGAAUGAGGAAGCCUUGCUCGUUUUCGCACUCGUCCUUUGUAAGCUGCUUUUGCUGCGACGCUUCAAUUGUAAUCCAUGCUGAGUAAUAGAACAUCGUAACAUCGUCCAUCAAUCUCUCUUACCCAAUACAAGCAAGAACUAUUUUGGUACCAGUAAAGACAAGAUGGUGCAAGUGUUGACGGCAAAAGUUGGCUGGAUGCUGCUUUUGGUUUCCCUCCUGAGCUUGUCUGGUUCCUGCAAUGCUUCCACGAUGAUGGACAGCAAUGCUGAAACUUGUUUGUCCGAUGGAACUUGCCAAGCAGAUCCCAAGGCUAGUACUACUAGUACCACUACGAAGAAGGGCAACUCGACUGCUUCUGUGAAACUACAGUGCGGUUUAUUCUUGGCCGAGAGCUCCAUUCCAAAGUCCGGUUGGGGCAUGUACACGGGCGUGGACCUACAAGUCGGCAAGGAGAUUCCCCCUUUGGAUGUAAUGAUCCCCGUCGUGGACUCCGAACUGCAUCGAACCUUGAUGCAGCACUACAAGCGCUUGUCACAAACCAUAGGGACACAUAUUCGAGGCAAACACGGUGGAUUUGGUCCUAGCAAGCGAAAUUCGUCCGUUGCCUUUCGAGACAUCAAAGUUCCCAAAUGGCUCAUGGAACAGUACUAUUGGGACUCGAGCAUGACACACAAUUGGUACGAUGCCGAAAAGAUUGAUUCUGUCGUACCUGGUUUGGGCAUGUUGGCCAAUUCACAUCCCGGCAUGAUUCUCUGCGAGAAUGAUGGACCCUCGCGUCCCAACAUUUUGGGAGGUCACGUUGUCAAUGGUGCUGGAUCAUCACCGUAUCAGAAUCAAGCCUUUUUGGCAACGACAGACGUUCCUGCGGGUCAUGAAUUGUUUGUCGAAUAUGGUGAUAGUUGGUUUGAAGAACGCUUUGACAAAUCAUUUGGUCUCUCGGACGACUACGCACGCAGCAAUGUCAUGGUCGAAAAGUGGCAAACGUCAAUCUUAGAUACGCAUCGUGACAAGCAAGAACAGAACAGCACGUUGUGGGACGAAUUGGAGCAACUACUUUUGCAAGCUGUAGAACCCUUAGAUCCACGGUUGCAUGAGGUACUCGGUCGAUUGGAUCUGGUCCGCAAAAACAAUGACACCAAACGAUUUGCAGCAAAGGACAACCCCGCCGCAUAUGCGGCGGUGCCCCAGGCACCAAGGAGUGUGGAAUGGUUGUAUCAGGAAGGAAUGUGUUUGGAUCAUAUUGCAGUCUAUGAUAGCUACGUGGCACCGGGUGAAAAGGGUGCCUUUGCUGCAAGGGAUCUACCCAAAGGCACCCUGGUGGCGCCAGCUCCAGUGGUUCACAUGUCAAGAGAUCACUUGACAAUGCUCCUCAUGGAUACCCAUGACUCUGAUAUCGUCCUGUGGAAAGGCAUGCAGCUUCUGUUGAACUAUUGCUAUGGACACAAGGAUUCGUCUCUCGUGUUCUUCCCCUAUUCCCCAAGCGUAAACCUCCUCAACCACUACGGCAAGACCACAUCAGGCCCCAAUGUCAAGCUCCAGUGGUCAUCCAAAAUGCCUCAUCCAGAAUGGCUCGAGUGGACGCCCGAACAAGUGGUCCAAGAACAGUACAAGGCUGGUAUGGUCAUGGAGAUUGUCGCAUUGGAAGAUAUUCCACAAGGCGCCGAGCUGGUGCUGGACUAUGGCGACGCUUGGCAAGAAGCCUUUGAAGAACACGCGAGAACUACACCGCGACCUCCGGAAUUGCAGCCCGUGGACAUUAAUCUGCAUGAUCUUUUGACGGUGAAUGACCAGCAAAAAUACCCGCCCCAUGUUGAGACUGUGUGCUGGAUUCACAAGUCUCAACACCCUCACUUCAUUUACAACCAUAGAAAAUUGUAUGGAGGAAAAAUGCCCGAAGCAUGGCUUCCUUGGGUACUCAUGAAGACGGACUAUCUUAGCGACACCGUCUCCUGCGAUAUUGUUGGAAAACGAACAGACGGUGCAAGUUACAACGUUGUCCUCAAGGACACUAUUCAACCUCGAAACGGCGGAGAAGAGAUUGACGUAGAUGUCCGCAUCACCAACGUUCCGCGACGGGCCAUUACCGUUGUUCCGUUGGUGUAUACCAGCGCGGAGCUCCGCCGAGAUAGCUUCCGUCACGAGAUUCAGUUGCCAGAGGAAAUGGUGCCCGAGCAAUGGAGAGAUUUGAAGGAAACAACACAAAACCGAGACGAAGAAUCCCAAUGUCAUUUGUACAUGGCUGAAUCUGCCAUCCCCAAUGCUGGAUGGGGAAUUUACCGUGGUUAUGCUGCGCCCAUGCUCGCAAACAACACAAACGACCUGGACCACUUUUGCGAAGACAUGGUGAUUCAAGUCGAAGAUUUUACCUUGAACCAGGUGCUGCGCAAUCGGUUCCACAAGCAAGCUCCUGAUUCUGAGAUGGACAGCUGGAUUCUAGACCAUUAUGCUUGGAGCGGUGAUAUCACCAAGGGUGGCAACUUGGAAGCCGAAAAAGUGCAGUCAUUCUCUCCCGGGUGUGGAAUGCUGGCCAACGCUUACCCAAUGCUUUACAAUGCACACAAAAUGCCACCAUCACGUCUGCCUAUCAAUACCACUGAUCCAUCCCUCGGCGCGACAACUCAUUAUCAUAGCGGCAUGUUUGUGGAACAGUAUUUGAAACAGGGCAAGAACAAGAUUCGAACGCUGCAAAACGGAAUGGAGAUUGUUGUCAAGGCAACGGAAGAGUGGCUAGAGUCGAGCAAGGAGGAAGUCCUUGGAAAGUUGCCCUUCCGUCGUGACUUCAUGACUGUCGACAAGGUGAUGCGUAGCUUCCUGAAGCUGACGCAAACCCACAGCACGGAAGCCACCGACCUUCUUUGGAAGUUGCUAUGGAACACCGUCGAAGGUUUUCAGCUGAAACGCAUUGCUUCUGUAUUGCCGCGAAACCCUGGAGAUAUCAAAGAGAUGCUUACUAAAGGUGGAUCCGCCAAGUACACGCUGAGGGAUCGUGUAAGGGAACCUGAGUGGCUGGAGACGCAUGGCAGUUGCGUGGACAACAUUCGGCCGGGCCCCUCUACGAUUGACAUGGCGGGCAACGGCGCAUUUGCCACUCGCAAGUUGGCAGAGGGCAGUGUCAUUUCUCCACUCCCCCUGAUUCACGUUCAUAGACAACACAUGGAUCUCUUCAACGGUGACAGCAUCCGCGAUCCCAACAAAGAGGUGUGGCAAGACGGCAAGCAGCUUGUCCUCAAUUACAUGUAUGGUCAUGCCGAGUCGAACCUCCUUCUGUUUCCUUACUCGCCAGUUGUAAACUACAUCAAUCACGCCAACUCGACUGCAGCAAAUGCAAAGUUGCAGUGGUCGUCCAAGUUCAAUUCAGAGGACUGGCUUCAAAAGUCUCCUGAAGAGCUCCUUCGGCAUCACAAAACCGCUGGACUGGCUUUUGAUCUGGUUGCGACUCGUGAGAUUGCAGCGGGCGAGGAGGUGCUGUUGGAUUAUGGACCCGAGUGGGAAUCAGCCUGGCGGAAACACGUCGAGAACUGGGCGCUUGAUCCCAAUUGGAGCUACGAACCCCCUGUCAACGAAUGGCUGGACUGGAUGCCAACCGAAAGGGAGAUCGAUCACCUACAAAACAGACAAACAAGCUUGAAAAAGACAGAUUUCCAGUUUGAGAGACCUGACAAAUUCCUUGGGUGCCACGUAAAGCUUCCGGACGUUCCAAUCCCUCCUGUAUACGAUGAAAAUGGUGUUCUACCUGAGUUUGAAUGGACGCCUGUUGAUGGCAUGUUUCGGACCACUUCACAUGUUUUUCCUUGCGAGGUUGUGGAUCGUUUGAUUGACGGCGAGCACGACAUUCGAUAUGCGGUUAUCAGAAAGGACAGCGUUGCUCCUCUUCAUGACUUGUACAGCGCCAUUGUUACCGUACAUCCUGGCAACCAUCAGACGCCACCGAGACGCUUUGUGAGCUACGACAUGCCUCGACGAGCCAUUGAAAUCUUUGACGAAGAAUACUCGUCGCCUCAAUUCUAUAAGGGUGCAUUCCGUCAUCCGAUUGGCAUUCCUAACGACUUGAUGCCAGAUGCCUGGAGAGAUUUGAAGAGCUAGGUGUCAUGGCGAGAGGCGUUUUUGACCUGCUGUAUGGUAGCUUUUACUAUAUCGAUUGUACUUCUGUCUUAGAACCCAACUAAAUUAAACUUAAAGUAUUCAGUUCAUGCAUUGGACCUUUGAAAUUGCCUUCGCUGUGCAGCGCCCGGUGGUGAA